GUCUGUCUCUCGCGACAUGAGGCUCGUUGGGCGCAGCUGCUGGCUAGCGUGGACAGACGGGCCCGAGCUGUACGUGAAGCCUGUGGAGAGACUCCAGAAGUCGUCCGUUUGGUGGAGUCCACUGUAGACCGUCUCGUCUCAAAGUGGAGCCAAUUAGCCGAACCGCCGUUCUACUGGGACGAUGAUGAGGGGCUGGAUGACGCCGAAGUUGACGUAGGUUCCCUUAGCUAG